AUUAGGCGCGCCAUGCGCAUAAUAUUCGGUCGAGGUCCAUCUAGCCAAUUCCUGUGAAUUGUGAUUUGUGAAGUUGAAUUAUUGCAACUUUUAUGCGACAGAGUCGAUUUUCAAGAAUCUACUACACUUCGAAAUUUAAGUAAUAUUUGACGAUGAACAUUUUGGACGAAAAUCUUUGGCUAUUAACAGUAGUAGUAUAAAUACUGCAAUGGAAACAUCAAACCAAGAUUCAUCGAAAUCAAAUCGAUAUUCAGAUGAAGAUAAUGAAAUUGCUUUAACAUCUAAAGGUUUAAAUUACAAAGGAAUAAACGAUGAACCUUAUUUACGUUUGAUGCAACUAGAUGAAUCUACAAUGGAUGUAUCUUUGGUCGUGAAUAACCAAAAAUUAAAUGCCCACAAAGCCGUUUUAGCUUCAAAGAGUGACUAUUUUGAUAGAAUGUUUGAUAGUUAUUUUAAAGAGCGGUUUGAAGAUAAAAUAGAAAUAAAUAUAACUGAUGUUAGCUUUGAAAUUUUGAGUACACUUGUUAAUUUUUUUUACACAUCAGAAAUAUAUAUUACAGAAAAUAAUGUUCAGGAUCUAUUGAUAAGUUCUAAUAUAUUUUUACUGGAUGAAAUCCAAAAUGUCUGUGUAAACUACAUAAAAAAGAUAAUUGACACGGAAAAUUGCAUAAAAAUGAAAGAUUUUGCUAAUACAUUAGGAUUAAAUGAUCUUUAUUCUUUAUGCAUGUCUUAUAUAGUAAAAAAUUUCAGACUUGUGGCUAAAACUGAAGAAUUUAUGGAGACUAAUUUUGAUGAAAUAAUGCUAUUACUCAAGAAUGAUGAUUUAUUUGCUAAAGAAGACAUGAUUUAUGAUGUUGUUAUGAAUUGGAUAAAAUAUGAUCCUAUAACCAGAUCAAAGUACUCAUCAGAAUUAUUAUGGUAUGUUCGAUUACCAUUAGUUUUAAAUACUUACCAAGGAAUCAACAAGAUUCAUGAGUUUCAAGGUGCUAAAAUUAAUAAAUUUAGUUCUUUCCGAACGGAGCAUCGAAGACCAUUUAGAAAAGGAAUUUUAGUGAUAAGUCAUCAGCCAUAUACAUCAACUCCACAGUGGUAUGAUGCUGCCUUAGAUCAAUGGCAGCGUUGCAUAUGUGAAAAUUGUCCGUGUAUGAGCUUUCAGUAUCGAUUAUUACCACCUAGACCUUUUUGUACAAUGGUUUUACUUGAUGAAAAUCGCUUAUUUACUGCUGGAGGUUCUGUAUAUGGUAAUGGGAUGAGAACAGCAACUAUGUUUGAUUUAAAGACUAAAAAAUGGGUAUUAUUAAAUGACAUGCAUUAUGAACGUCUUAAGCCAUAUGUAAUACAACUUGAAUCAUAUGUUUAUGUGAUUGGCGGUUAUACUGGAGAAGAAGAAAACGUCAGUGUUAUAGAAUAUUAUGAUUUAAAAAAAAAUGCAUGGUACGACGUUUAUUGUGAAAUAAACUAUAUUGAGACAUUUAAAAGUGGUAUUUAUGUUGCCUGCGUUAAAGGAUUAAUUUACAUAAUUGGAAAGACUGAAGCUGGAUAUUAUGAUCCUCGUAAUAAGAAGUGGAAAUAUAUUGAUCCAAUACCUGAAUAUUAUAUGGGUUCUGCAGUUUGCACAUUAAAUGGAAAUAUUUAUAUUAUCGGUGGUGAAUAUUUGCAAAGUUGUUGCAAAACUGUAUGGGCAUACUGUACUUUGACUGAAGAAUGGGUAUCCUUAGCUGAACUAAAUUUUCCUAAAUCAUUUUCUGGCGCAGUAGCAAUGAAUGGUAAUAUUUAUUUAUUUGGAGGAAAAAUGUUAAUGACGCCCCUUUCGAAUAUAUUUGAAAUAUACCAUCCUCAUGAAAACAAAUGGGUAACUUCAAGUGCUCUUAUGGAAGAAAGACGAUUUUACAUUGAUGCAAUUGUUAUUGAAAAAAAUUCUGAAUUGUAUGAACAAGUGUUUGAAGAAUCAACUAAUACUAUUAUUCAUUAAAAUAUGGCCAUAAAUUAUACAUUUAAUGUUUAAAUCCAUCAAUACUCGAGUCAGUGGUGGUAUUAAAGAAGAAAUUCAUGACUGAGUCAUUUCUUCUGGCAUUAAUGAAAAUGUGAAAAUACUUAUACUUCCUUUAAGUUAAGAAGGAAUCUCAGAGGUUUGUGUGGGACAUGGUUUUUUACUACUCAUGGUACAAAUACAGAUGGAAGACUCAGUGGAAAUAAUCACAAUUAAAUUUCAAAGUUCCUCAUUAACUAACCAGAUCUCACACUCCAUUCUAUGUUCCAAAUUGCUCUGUUAACUAUUUAUCUAAUGAACUGUUGAGGCGUCUCAUGCUGAAUGCCAAUACGAACCCUGAUUUUCUUUAUCCAUGAUUUUUAAUUUUUGUCUUUAUAUUUCUUUUAUGUUGUAAUUUAUUAAUUAAUUUUGUAGUAUGUAUUGUAAUAAUUAUUAUAAAUUGUAAAGAAAAGUAAUACUCAUUUAAAUUAUAUAAAUAUAAAUUUAUAAAUAUGUAAAUAAUAAACAAGCGUUUUCUGAUCGUUGCCAACAAAAUUUGACUAUCACUGAGGUUCUCUCUUAACAUGAAUGGAGUAUUGUAACUCUCACUGUUACUAGAACAAAAUAAUUGUUAAUUAAUAUUAAUAAAGGUUAUUCCAUAUUCUCGA